GCACCCAUUUAACGUUUCCAAAAGUGAUACUUCCCGCUGAGACACGACUGUGCAACCACUUGCGUUUACCAGAAAUCACCGGGAUAAAUUAUUGGUGUUGUAAAGUAAUGUGUUGGUAAAUGACCACUUCAUGGCGUGAUGCAUACCUCCGUUGGGCGCAGCCGCUUCUCUUUACGCUAAGUUAGAGAUCCCCUUUAUGCUUCACGCUGGCACACAUUACCUGGACGCAAUGGCCGUCAAAAAAAUUAAUCUCUGUUUCGUCUACGCACGCGGCACAUCCGACCGGUAGAUAGAAAUCCCUGCUUUGCAUUACCAGUGACCUAUCAUAAACGCCACGCUGUGAUUGUUUGGACGGGAUAAAAGCGGUGUCUGUUUCCCUGCGGCAAACGUUAUUGCAGGAAUAUCCCGGAUACAUUUACAACGAUGUUCUUCAACGCAAACGAUUCGCUUAAAAUUAGCAUAGUGCACAAUUUUUCCAUGGAAGCGCAAAACCCCUAUGAUCCGGAUAUAUGGCGCCAAAGCGUUCCAUGGUCUGGAAAUUUCACCUAUGCGCAACGAGUUCAAGCAACUUUCGUGUUCAUUGCCUUAUACCCGGUUUUAUUAGCGGCUUGUACCAUCGGCAACGUCCUGAAUUUAAUUGUGCUGAUCUCCGCCAAACGGCAAAAUACCACAAAUUCGUACAUGAUCGCCGUAGCCGUUGCCGAUUUAGUUGUACUGUGGGUGUUCUUUCCGCCAUAUCUCUGGAACACCAGCGCCACCCUCCAUCUUCCCUAUUAUAACAAAAAAAAUUACGCUACUACGUUAGCGGUGCUGCCGCACAUGAUUUCGAUCCAAGACAUCUUCAUUCAAAUGUGUGAUUGGGUGUUGGUUGCCUUUUCCUUGGAACGCUUGUUGGCCAUCUCGCGACCGCUCACUUUUAAAUGGGUACAACGUGCCACGACAGCGCGGAUUGUCAUCGUGCUGCUGCUGUUGUUCUCCAUAGUCUUCAAUUCUGGCAAUCUCGUCAGUAACUGGUAUCUGUGGCGCUACCAGCUGACACCCGCGGCGUUGCCAAUUUGGCUGAAACACUGGGCGGAGACGCAAAAUGUCGCAGAGGUGGUCAUAUCUUUUCUGAAAUUCUUCGGACUCCUUGGCAUCAACGUACUCGUUAUUAACGCUCUACGCCGCCAACAACGCUCCGAUAUAGGUCAGCAGCGGGUCGCCCAAGCCAAGACCUCAGUCAAGCGGUCUAAAAGCUGCAACUACCUACUGCUGGGCAGCGUGUUCUUGUAUCUCAUUACUGUGAUCCCCGUCUUGAUAUUCAAGUUCUUGGAACUAGCCGACACCUUCCAGGUCUACAACUUUGAUGAAUCGGCUAGACUCUUCGUUAACCCGUUCUGCGACGUGGCUAUGCUGACUAAUUAUUCCGUCAAUUUUUUCCUGUACUUGACUGUCAGCGAGAAGUAUAGGGCGCAGUUUAUGCGGAUAUUCGGUGGAGUGAUGUGUCCGGUGUGGCUAAAGAGAAACUGGAGCAUGGGGACCGAUAACAGUUGGAGCUGCAAUCAGCAGCGAUCCCGGCUGCAUGGGAACCUUAAAGAGCAAUUCAACAAUCGGCCCACUGUGAAAAGCUGUUAAGGGCCUUAAGGCUCUCUUGCAAAGCUGAAUUUGUUGUGCAAGCCUUGCACGGUAUAGAUAUUGACUCCAUUAUCUGGACUCAUGCUGUAAA